AUGGUUUUUAAGGGAUAUUUCAAAUGCGGAUUUAUAUUUUCCCUUUUUUUGUUGGAUUCUGCGUUUGCUCAGAUCGUCUAUUCCGUACCGGAAGAGGUAAAUAAGGGGACAGUUGUUGGGAAUAUAGCGAGAGACCUGAACUUGAAUGUUCAUGAACUGGAAUCUCGUAUGUUUGAGAUUGUGUCUGGAUCAAAUAAGAAGUAUUUUGAUGUAAAUCUGAAAACUGGCGUGCUGUUUGUUAAUGAAAGAAUUGACCGCGAAGAGUUAUGUUUGUCGAAUCAGAAAUGCUCUUUGAAUAUAGAGGCCCUUGCUAAAAAUCCUCAUCGUCUUUACAGAGUGGAGAUUAAGAUCUUGGAUAUAAACGACAAUGCGCCACAUUUUCCUGUUAAAGAAUUUACUGUGAAUAUUACCGAAAUCGCAAGCCCUGGAGAGAGAUUUCCUCUCCCUGUAGCCGAGGACUCUGAUGUUGGCAGUAAUUCGCUGAAAGAAUACAAACUGAGUCCGAAUGAACAUUUCAGUCUAGAUACACAGAGUGAAGACCAGAGUGUGUCUGCUGAGUUAGUGCUGAACAAAGCUUUAGAUCGAGAGAAACAAGCGACAAUUAAGUUAGUUCUCACUGGAGUAGAUGGAGGAAAGCAACCUAAAUCGGGAACAUUAAAUAUUUGUAUAAACGUCAUGGAUGUUAAUGACAAUAAUCCAGUGUUUAGUCAACCUCUUUACAAAGUCAAAUUGAGGGAAAAUGUUGCUACUGGUACUACAAUUUUAUCUGUGUUUGCUUCUGAUUUGGAUGAAGGAAUAAACUGCGAAAUUCAGUACUCGAUUGUGGGUCAUGUGAAGAAGCAAGACCUAUUUACCAUUAUCCCCGAAACUGGAGAUAUUGUUGUAAUAGGGCAAAUAGAUUACGAGGUAAAUCCAGCGAUUGAGUUACGAGUUCAAGCGAAAGAUAAAGGCAGCCCACCAAGAAGCACACAAUGUAAAAUUUUAAUAGAAGUUGUGGAUGAAAAUGACAAUGCACCAGAAAUAACUGUGACUUCUCUUCUGGAAAGUGUGAAAGAAGACACAAAUUCAGAAACUGCAGUUGCUUUAGUCACAGUGUCUGAUAAAGAUGGGGGUAAAAAUAGUUAA